AUGUCCAAAAUGUUCAGGAAACUCAAGGAAAAAUUCUCCAAGAAGAAGGAUACAUCAUCGCAAAGUCUGCCACAUGCAGGGGCCUCUGUCACAACCACGCUAACAUCGUCAAGGCGGGACACGGGACUCAGCACAGCUUGGAAUGGUGUUCUAAGUUUGUUGAGUAUCACUGAAAAGACUCUCGAUAGUAUCCCAGUUCCUGGACUCAAGAGCGCGAUCAGUGGCUUCCUUGAAGUAGUCAAUCAGCUGAAACAAGUCAGUGGCAACGCCGAUGCGAUUGGUCAACUCGAGAACAGUGUCGAAUUCUUUAACCAGUCGGUAUCGGAGCCGCUCGAACAAUAUAAGGGAAAAGAUGCUGUUCCGCCCGAGCUUGCCCAAGCAAUCGAUACAUUAUCGGUUAAUCUUGAUAAGGUUAUUUCGCCCUUGAAAUCGUACCAGGGUCAAAGUCGUGGUCAGCGGUGGGCGGAUCGUGACAAAAUCGUCGGCGAUAUCCAGGCAGCUGGGGAAGGGAUGCGUGAUGCUGUGAGGGCCUUUCAAGUAAGUAUUCUCCGCUACCUGUAA